GUGUAUGUGUGAAAUGUUUACCAAUGUAGAAAUGGCAUUACUUACAUUACAGAAUGCAGAGGUGUAAUAGCUAUAAAGAUAAAUCAGAACCUGGAAGUUGCCCAAGACUUUUAAAAAUGGCAUAAGCAUAUGUGUAUUUGUCUCUACACUGUGGGAUGGCUUGUAGAAUCACAUUGCUCUCUAUGGUUUAUCGUUUCUCUAUUUUGGACAGUAGAAUAUUGGCAUAGUAUAGCUUUUGGGGAAUGCAGUACUGGAUAUGACAAAAUGUAUAAUAAACCUUAUAGACGCUAAGCUGGCAGACAUCUUAGGACAAUGGAUAACUUAUAUUUUUUUUCCAGCAGAAUCAAGUAUGUUCCUAAUAGCCCUGGCAUUUUUUUAGCAUGUUCUUAAAAGCAUUGCUGAUGGGUAAUGCUGUGGAGUACCUCAAAACUAAACUAGUUUGACUGCUUGCAGGUGCAGACUUUUAAAGAGAUACCCAUAACAGGUCCAUGUAAGCGUGAAAACAUACUUAUAUUCAAUUUAUUGUGGGGGAAGUUAUGUGACAAAUACAAUAUACUGUUUCAGUAGGGAAAGAUCUCACCAUGGCACCAUCGGGAAGAAAGCAUGGAGGAAAAGCUGGUAAACCAGCACAGGAAGAUCAGACCAUACCUGCUUAUGAUUUUGAGGAGGAAAGAAAGGAACUGAGUGGAUCAGAGGAAGAUCUUAGAGAAGGUGACACACCAGUCAUGGACAAGCAUGGAAAGAAAAGACCUUUGGUGGCUACGCAUGUGGGUCCAGAUGAUGUGGGGGGUGAAGUUCAGAAUAUGUUGGAGAGAUUUGGAGCUGACAUCAACAAGGCUCUCUUAGCUAAGAGGAAACGAUUAGAAAUGUAUACAAAAGCCUCACUCAAAACCAGUAACCAGAAAAUUGAACAUGUUUGGAAAACGCAGCAGGAGCAAAGGCAGAAGCUCAAUCAUGAGUUCUCCCAGCAGUUCCUGACUUUAUUUCAGCAAUGGGAUGUAGAUGUGCAAAAAGCAGAAGAGCAGGAAGAAAAACUAGCAAAUAUGCUUCGCCAGCAACAAAAAGUUUUUCAACAGGCACGAAUAGUUCAAAGUCAGAGACUGAAAACCAUUAAGCAACUCUACGAGCAAUUCCUAAAGGUAAAUCUUUUUCUUGGAAGGCAGCUGAUCCUUAUCAUACCACUUAAGAAAGCUGCAUUAAUUCAGUGUUUUGUUUGGUAUUUCUUUAACAAAGUAACUAACACACUAGACAGCAAGCAAAAAACUUGGUUUGAGUACAACCAAACAAAAAUUUUACUUUUUAGUUAAAAGCCUUCCUCACAAGAGAAAAUCUUCUGUGCCUUAAUCAUCUUCAGGACCCUUUUUUGGGCUCUAUCCUCUGUAUCCGUGUCGCUCUUGUACUGGGGAGUCUGAACUGGACCCAGCACUCCAGGUGUGGCCUCACCAGCUACAUGGCCCCCAGCAUACAGGGCAGAUUCAAGUCCAUCAGUUUCUGACAAACCUUAAUUUCUGUUCAAGUAAUUUCCUAGCUGAUUUUGAAAUUUCAGUUAGUUAUGAUAAGCUUGGUGUUUGGUUUGGUUUUUUUCCAAGUCUGGUAGUUGAGAAAAAUAAAUCUGAAAUCGAGAAACUCUUAGUUUAAAAUAGUCAGAAUAUACAGAAUCUAUUACAGAAGCAUUAAUAAAUAAUAGCAGUUCCAAAAUGUCAAAAAUGUCUUAAUCAAAGAGGAAAAACUGAACAGAAGGUCAAGUAUUACUUUGAUUUUUCUCCUCAAAGAAGAUCAAACAGUAGAAGUCAAGCCUUAAAAUAAGCUUAAUACAAAUAAAGGAAAAUGCUAACUAGACACAUGCACAGAGGUAGGUGUAAUUUUAUGUACAAAAAGGGAAGAUAACCAGGGAGUUUUAUUUGGCUUAUUUGGGGAGAAGUGUGCAAAGAAAUGUACUGGGGUUUAUACUCCUCACUUCAAGUCCUGCAAGGUUGUCAUAAUACUGAACCCCUGCCAUUCCUGACAGAUGUCUGUUCAAUCUCCUCUUGUACUACUCUUAAUUGAAAUGCAGAAUAAGUAGCUGAGACCUCACAGAGGCUGACAGGAGAGUUCUAUUUUUUUCUCAAGGUACAUAUUGUUUAAAUAGGAAUAUAGACUGGAGCAUGAAGUCCUGUAUGAUUCCUCUGCCAAGUUUGUGACAAACUCAUCAAUUAUCAGUGAUCACUGUAAAAAUUAAAUUGUAGUAUGAAUAAUGAUUGGGUUGUCUGCUUGUUUUAAAUUAACCCCUUGACACUGAGGAGUUCUGAAUUAAUGUUAUCCUUAACUUCAGAGCAUGGAAGAGCUGGAGAAGAGCAAUGAAAAUCUUCUGGCUGGUGCCCAAAAUGAACUUCGCAAGGAAAUGGCUAUGUUGCAGAA